AAGAAAAGUAAUAAAAAGUUAAAAAGAAGAAAGCAAAAGUACACUGAUCGCAGAAAAGCUAUGUUUAUUGGUUUAGAAAGGUUUUAUAUUGCACCGGAAACAUUUGUAUUGGUUGAAAUUUUGAAAAUCCAUGAAUGCGCCCAAUAAUAUAUCCCAAAGAAGAAGUGCAGAACAUUUAACGCAUACAGCUUGAAUUUUUAAUUUUCUUAACAAACUUAGAAGCGUAAAAUAUUAAGAGUAAACAUUUCAAAAGAGUUUUAGAAAACACUAACUGCUCAAUUUUGGUUAGUCGUAAUUAUUAAUGCAGAUAAGUCAACACAUGGUGUAAAUUAUAAUAUCCUAAUCACUCACUGCAUAAUUCUAAUAAAGUAUACAUUUGCAACUAGAAGCCUAGCAACAGAUAUAUUGGAUCGCACAUGUUACGCCCACUGCAGCGCCACUCUGAUUGGCAAUUAUACACAAUUGAUGACACCUAUCUGGUUAAAUUUUCACGAGGCUUGGUACUUUAUGGUUUCUUAAUAGAGUACGAAAUUAUGACGAUGCAUUGUUAAUAGCUCUGCUUACUGUAUAUAAGUGAGAAAAAAAUAAAAGAGUUCUCAUCAGAUUUGUGUUGUAUAAACUCAAGGCGCAACAUACAGAUAUGAAGGUUUACAUACUGUUAGCGUUAUUCGCUACCAUCGCACUUGCAUUUGCUGAAGAGGAUGCAAGCAAAAGUGAAGAUACUGAAGUAGCUGAAACCCAAGAUCCAAGUUACUCAUGUGGAGCCUACCCUAGUUUCAAUUCAAACACACAUCACUGCUAUCAUGGAAAAAUUUACCUGAAGACGUACUAUCGCUAUUGUGGAAAAUAUCUUUAUGACAUCCGAACACAUUUUUGCUUCAAAGGAAAAUCUCAUCCAUCAAGCCUCUACAGAGCAUGCGGAAACAACCUUUGCAAGAGAAAAGAGCAAUUUUGCUUCAAAGGAAAAUGUUACCUUAGAUCUUCCUUUUCCAUCUGUGGUUGGAACAUCUGUCACAAAAGAUCCGAAUUUUGUUUCAAAGGAAAGUGCUACCUUCGAAAAUACUACGCUAUCUGUGGAUACAAUGUUUGCAACAAACACAAAUAUUUCUGUUUCCGCAACAAGUGUUAUCUCAGAACCAAGUAUUUCAUCUGCGCCAAUCAACGCGUAUGCAACCGACACACCGACUUCUGCUUCAAGGGAAACUGCUACAACCGAAGAUGGUACAAGAUCUGUGGAUAUAAUGUAUGCAACCUUCACUCCCAAUUCUGCUUCAAGGGCAAAUGCUACCAAACUAGCAAAUAUUUCAUUUGCCACAACCGACGUGUAUGCAACCGACACACCGAUUUAUGCUUCAAAGGACAAUGCUACAACAAAAGAUGGUACAGAAUCUGCGGACACAAUAUUUGCAACUUACACUCUCAAUUUUGCUUCCGAGGUUCCUGUUUCUUGAAAUCUAAGUACUUCGUUUGUGGAAACCAACGCGUAUGUGAUCGAUACACUCAGUUUUGUCACAAAUACAACUGCUACAACAAAGCUACACAUGCUGUUUGUGGAAAACAAAUCUAUGUCCAGAAGUACUACUGGUGUCAUGGAGGACUACUUUACAAGAAAUCACUCUAUGAUUACUGUGGAAAAGCCAUCUACCACAAAAUCCAAUACAGAUGCCACUACGGAAAAGUUGUUCCAAACAAAAAAUACUAAAACUUGACAUUAUAUAUAUUAUAUAGAGGUGUUUGUUUAUCAAAAUUUUAAAUACAAAAAUGCAAUAAUAUUCAUGCACGUUUUUUCUCAAGCUGUCGCUGAAGACUUUUCUGUGUAUCGCUUGAGAAUGUUGUUAAGGCGAAGGCAAUUUAAUUAGUCGUCCUACGGGCAGCGAAAAUAUUUUUUUGGCCGAUCUAUCAUCAAAAUAGAAAUAAAAAAUAAAUAGAGUCGGUACACAAAUAUUUUUCUGCACGUGCGAUCUAAAAACGUUACAAUUUAUGGGGUUGAAUGAAGAACAGUGAAGGUCAAAAUUAACCUACAAAAUUUAUUGUUUCUCGAGCAGGCACACACACAUUUUUUCAAAUCUCUAUAAGCACAAACGUACACUAACGUAUACCAACGUAUCAGUUUUUAUCAUAAAUUCAUAGUAAUAACUUUCUUUUCUUCUGUCACAUCAUAUCAUCCUUAUUUAACGUUAGAGAUGUAAACUAGUAGAAGACACUACUUGAGUUUUUAAAGGGGCUGGGUUAUUAAAGGGCAAUGGGAGGGCUAAAUUAAGAGUGCGCAUAUUACAGUACUCGAAAGUACAAAAAAAACUUCUUCGAAAGAGGUUUAUGAGCAAGGAAAAAUAUCCGGUGGGAUAAUCAAUUUUUUUACGACUUUAAAAUAAAUCAAAAUUCAUUCGUCUUCUAUGUCAAUGUCCAGCAAAACAACUUUUUCACCAAAUUCAUUUGUGUAAUUUUUGGGUUUAGGCGGUCAAAUGAGUAGAAAUAAACAAUCUUAACAGUCAAGAGUCUUUGAUAAACAACCUUCUCAGUUUCAUGAAAUACAAUCCUUUUUUUAGGUGUGUCGUUUGUGGAGUAAGUGUUAUUGUUAAAAGUAUCACAAUAAAGUUGACUGGAAUGCAAUGCAUUUAUAGGUAACAAGCAGAUACAAAAAAAUACCAACUAGCUAGCUUAUAAUCGGUGCUAAGUAGCCAAAAUCUUAAAUUUUAUUUGUUUAGCAUUUGUAUGUGAAUAAAGAAAUACUUAAUAACACGUGUGUAAACACAAACAGUAAAAAUCCCUAUAGGUAAAAACGCAGUUUGUUGUCAUAUAACUACUCUUCAUCAAGUUUUCUAAACCUUAGUUGUCCUAGCUUAUAUUGGUAUGUGCAGUCACGAAAAUUCGUCACAGAAUACGGCAAUUGUUGUUGUAGUUGUCGACGAUUUCAUAUUAAAUUUGCUUUAAAACAUCAAAAAUGCCGGCGCAAGAAAAUAUAAAGACCGUAUCAAAAAAUUAUAUGUUACAACAAAAGAUCAACAAAAAUGAA